UCUCCGAGCUCUUCAGUGCCUCCCCAGAUUCCACAGCCCUCUCCAAGCUCUUCAGUGCCUCCCCAGAUUCCACAGCCGUCUCCAAGCUCUUCAGUGCCUCCCCAGAUCCCACAGCCGUCUCUAAGCUCUUCAGUGCCUCCCCAGAUUCCACAGCCGUCUCCAAGCUCUUUAGUGCCUCCCCAGAUCCCACAGCCCUCUCCGAGCUCUUCAGUGCCUCCCCAGAUUCCACAGCCCUCUCCAAGCUCUUCAGUGCCUCCCCAGAUUCCACAGCCAUCUCCAAGCUCUUCAGUGCCUCCCCAGAUCCCACAGCCGUCUCCAAGCUCUUUAGUGCCUCCCCAGAUUCCACAGCCGUCUCUAUGCUCUUUAGUGCCUCCCCAGAUUCCACAGCCGUCUCUAUGCUCUUUAGUGCCUCCCCAGAUCCCACAAUCGUCUCUAUGCUCUUUAGUGCCUCCCCAGAUUUCACAGACGUCCCCAUCAGGACCCGAGGUUUAUACCACCUCAUUUAAUAAUGAUCUACAUCAACCCAGGCAUGACAACUCUGAAAACUCAAUAAAUGCUGCUGUUUCUUUUGAAAACUCUCAGCAUGAUUACUCACAAUAUCCUUUAUCUUCAACCCCUGUAGAGCAUGAAAGCAUGCUUAGUUUAUUGUAUGAGAAUACUAAUAAUGGGGCAGCUUAUGAACCCUGUGCUAGCAGCAAUGAGAAUUGCAGGCUUUGUUUUUACAAAGACCUGGAAAUCAGGGAUUUAAAGUUCAGAGUUCGAAACUUAGAAGAAGAAAUUUUACAACUGAGAGAUGGAAGUCAGGGUAAUUUGUACAUGUGUUCAUGUAAUAUAUUAUUAUUUUAA